AUGCAGCUUUCCAUGGAAUGCUGCGUUGGAGCCACACAGGAAGAGCAUGAAGAGCAGGGAGCAGCUAUUUCGGCCAUCAAGACUUUGUCAGCCACCGCGGACGAGCCAAAGCAGACCCCGCCAGAUGAGACUGCGCCGGAGCCACAGCAGACAGAGGUGAAGGCGACGAUGAACACAGCGCUUGCCAAAGUCCAAGGUGGCUUGGGUCAGAUCUCACAGCACGUAAGUGAGAAGACUUCCCGGAUCGGUGGCCUGAGUCAGAUCUCACAGCAUGUGAGUGAGAAGACUGCCCAGAUCAAGCAACAGGCAAGCCAGAAAAUCAGCUCAGGCCGCUUUGGCAGGUUUACGGCGUGGUUUAAGAGCCUCUUCUGGGAGGAAACCGAGGCCGACGUUUCGGAGAUGUUGGCUGAGGUGGAGGAGGCAGCAAAAACGCUGAAGCUCGACGUGGAGGAGCCCGACGAAGGCGAGGAGCCAAGAGAUCCUUGGAAGACGAUGACCGCCGGCGACUUGGAGCGCUUGCAGCGUGUGAAGGGCGUGGAUGAGAAGUGCAAGGCAAGGUUGGAUGAGGCAACGGACCCGGAGAGCUUCUUCGCAUCGCUGAAGACAGUCUUGCUCAACAAAGAGGAAGGCGAGACCGAGAUUGCGAGCUUGCGAUGCGUGGCGUUCGAAUGUAUGCCGCAGUGGGACGCCCCGAUCGAUGUGACGUGGGGCAAAGGCCUGCUGCUGUUGACAAAGUUCCCGGACACGAAGAGGCAGUGCUUGCACUUGGCCAUGCAGGAGGACAUGGCCAAGUUCGAGGGCUCUGAGGAAGGCUCCCUGGCGGCUGUCGGCGUGUACCAUGAGAAGGCGAUCGGAACUGCCGAAGCUUCCGUGGGGAAGUUUUCCGCCAAAGGCUCCUACACGGCGACUCGCGGCUUCAAGUACUACACCAUCCAGCUGGACGUCGAGACCCAUGUCGCAGGCAUCAGCACAGAAAUGUCAGACGUGAUGCGCUUGCGCUGCCGCUUCGCCGGAGGGGGUCGCUGGAAUGCUUCCAAGCAGGGUGUAUGUUGCGGCGGGUGCACCCGUCGCUGCUUGAAGUGUAUCCUGUGCUUGCUGUAUUGUCUCUGCUGCUGGUGGUGCAAAUGCUGUCGCUGCUGCAAGCUCCGGUGCCGAGACUGUUGCAGGAGGAGCACUGUGACGACGUCGACAGCCGAGUCCAACGAGUGGAAGGGUUCCAUGGAGCAGCGCGAUCGAUUCACCGCGGUGUUGUCCCAAGUAUCCCAGGAGAAGCGGGACACGAGCUACACUUUCUCUGGUCGGGAGAAUGAGGGCCAGGAGAUCUGCGACUUCUCAAUGGAUCAGAUGCACACACUUAGCAUCGUUUACCAUCUGCCGGCUCAGAGGCCGCAAAUCUUCACCGCAUGGAUCGACCCGUCGCAGGGCGUGAAGCACGGCGUGAGCUUUGCGAACAAGAUCAGGACCAACCCGGAUCGCGCCGCGCAGACCUCCGCCAUCCAGGGGCCUUCCAUCCAGUCCGCUUGGGCGCCGAGUUGGCUCAGCGCUUGGAAAGCACGGUUCCUCUUCCCGAACAAGAGCUCAGCCGGCCAGAGCAACUCAUCCUUCCGUGCCUUCCAGCAGGUGGAUAAACAGCGCCAGCUCCUCACACGCAGGCAGAAAGUCUGGAUCGCGCUCCUGAUUCUCGGGAUCGUUGCUAUCGGUGUUAUCAUCUAUACACAAAAUCAAAAUCCGUACUGA